CUUGAAUAAUAUGUAGUAGUUUGAUAUGUUACAAUUUAUCAGUUAUGUAAAUGCUUAAUGGAAUGUUUUUGUUUUAUAGGUGUUACAACAUAGGGUUGUGCAAUACUUUCACCGUGGUAAUCGUUCAUUUAGAUAUAUAAUUUUAAAUUUAUUAUUUGGUUUUAUUUUUUUUGUGUAGAAACUACUGCGGAUGCGUAUGAAAUUAAAUUGUUUGGGUUUUUUCCAUAUUGUAGUCAAUUCCUCGGGAGAUUAAAGUAGUAGGUUAUGUAAUGAUAUCUGUUUUUAAAGUAGUUGGGAAUACUUUUUUUUUUUUUUUUGGAUGCGUGAGCUGAUAGUUGUUCAGAAAGUGGAAAUUGAAAUUAGUGGCAUUCUUGCUCUUUAACAGGGGAGAGCACGUUUCCAUAAUCAAGCUUAAUGACUGUGGAGCCGUGGGGUCCAAGACCCAAAGAUGGUCUUUACGAUCCCAGUACAGAAAAAGAAGCUUGUGGUGUUGGCUUCAUCGUCAACAUUGAUGGCAUCAGAUCACACAAGAUCAUGCGAGAUGCAGAGACACUGUCAUCUCGUAUGGACCAUCGUGGUGCAUGUGCGUGUGAUAAUGACACAGGAGAUGGUGCUGGAGUGCUGACUGCAAUUCCUCACAACUUCUACUCACAAGAGCUCAGGGAACAGCAGCAUGUUCAUCUGCCUCCAUUUGGUCGGUAUGCCACAGGCAUAAUCUUUAUGGACAAGCAACACCACUUAGAUGCAGAAGCCACAUUUGCAGAGAUAGCUGCAGAGUGCAAACUGCAGGUGAUAUGCUGGCGAACUGUUCCAACAGACAACACUGGAAUUGGACAAGUGGCUCGUAAUGGUGAACCAUUCAUGAGACAGGUGUUUGUGACUAACGACUGUCCAGAUGAUCUUCAGAAACAUGUAUUCAUGUUGAAAAAGAGAGCAACACAUGAAAUUCCAAAACCAGGACUUCGAUUUUAUGUUUGCUCCUUGUCACCAUUAACAGUAGUGUACAAAGGCCAGUUUACUUCAGCUCAGUUAUGGACUUACUUUCCAGACCUCCAGUGUCCAACCUAUGAUACCUAUUUGGCACUGGUGCACACACGUUUUUCAACAAAUACAUUUCCAAGUUGGGAGAGGGCACAGCCAUUGCGGUAUUUGGCUCACAAUGGGGAAAUAAAUACACUGAGAGGCAAUGUCAAUCUAAUGAAGGCUAGAGAAGGAGUGAUGGAUAGUCAUUUAUUCAGUGAUCACUUGAAGAAGCUGUAUCCCGUAGUUGAGCCGAAUGUUUCUGACUCAGGAUCAUUUGACUGUGUUUUGGAGUUUCUUGUGAAUGCUGGGACGAGAGACUUACCUGAGGCGGUGAUGACUAUGGUGCCUGAAGCAUGGCAAAACGAUGAAACAAUGCCUAUGGUGAAACGAGACUUCUAUCAUUGGUCAGCAUGUGCAAUGGAACCAUGGGAUGGGCCUGCCUUACUUGCAUUCACAGAUGGCAGAUAUAUUGGUGCUACUCUUGAUAGGAAUGGACUUCGACCAUCACGUUUUUAUGUCCUGAAGGACAAUAUUCUGGUAAUGGCAUCUGAAGUUGGUGUGUACGAUACAGACCCAGCGAAUGUUGUUCUCAAGAGCCGGUUGAAACCUGGGAGGAUGCUUCUAGUAGACACACACAAGAAAAUGAUGAUUCAGGAUGUUGAGUUGAAGAUGAACAUGGCAAGAAGUCGCCCACAUUCACAGUGGCUCAAAGAACAGAUUCUACUGGAAGAUUUUCACAAAGCUCACGUUGCAGUUGCCCAUCCUGAGAAUAAUAUAAAUGACUCUGUGGCAAUCAGUGACAAAUUGCUGAAGAAUUCAAAUUAUAGCGAAGAUGAGUAUAUUGCAAUGAUGUGGGGUGGUGACAAAAGGCUUGCUCUCUUCAGCUACACGACUGAAACAAUAAGCAUGCUGCUCAUUCCAAUGAUGCAAACCAAGAAGGAAGCGCUGGGCUCAAUGGGCAAUGAUGCACCAUUGGCGUGCUUAUCGCAGUUCCAGCCUCUCUUGUAUGACUACUUCAAACAGCUUUUUGCACAGGUGACAAAUCCACCUAUUGAUCCUUUUCGAGAGAAGGUGGUUAUGUCAUUAAUGUGCCCAAUUGGACCUGAAGCUAAUUUGCUGGAACCAAGUUCUAUGCAAUGCCAUAGAUUGUUCCUUAAAUAUCCAAUAAUUUCUCUAAAAGACAUGGAAGUGAUCAAGAUGACAAGUUACAGAAAUUGGAAGUCUAAAGUAAUUGAUGUCACUUUUGAGAAGGAGUUGGGCCCCAAAGGAUUUGCAAUAGCCUUGGAAAGGAUAUGCCAAGAAACUUGCACAGCUGCUCGAAAUAACUAUCAGCUUAUAAUACUGUCAGAUCGGAAAAGUGGCUCUCAAAGGGUUCCAGUUAGUAUGCUACUUGCCCUAGGAGCUACACACCAUCACCUGAUUGAAGAACGCCAAAGAAUGAAAGUUGGGCUUGUAAUUGAAACUGCUGAAGCCAGAGAAGUGCAUCACAUGUGUGUUUUGCUUGGAUAUGGAGCCGAUGCUAUCUGCCCGUACUUGGUGUUUGAAAUGGCAUCUAGUUUAAGGAAGCAAGGUGUUUUGGAUUUAACUCUUUCUGAUCAAGUUGUUUAUGAGAAUUAUGUAUCUGCUAUGGAGAGAGGCUUGGCAAAAGUUAUGGCCAAGAUGGGAAUUUCAACAUUGCAGUCUUACAAGAGUGCCCAGAUAUUUGAAGCAGUUGGGUUGUCUGAUGAAGUAAUCGACAAGUGUUUUAAGGGCACACCAUCUCGCAUAGGUGGAGCAACAUUUGAGGUCCUUGCAAAAGAAGCUUAUGAACGUCACAACUUAGCUUAUGCUGAUCAUACACCAGAUAUGAUGAUACUCAGAAACCCUGGAAUUUAUCACUGGCGCAGUGGUGGGGAAAAUCACAUCAACGAUCCAUUAAGCAUUGGAAACCUUCAGGAAGCAACUACGAACAACAGUAAAAGUGCAUAUGAAAAGUUCUGUGAGUCAACAGUGAAAAGUGUGCAAAUGUGCACACUCAGAGGGCAGUUGGAGCUGGUGUAUCUAGACAAUGCAGUGAAUAUUGAUCAAGUUGAGGCAGCUUCUGAAAUUGUGAAGAGGUUUGCUACAGGUGCUAUGAGCUUUGGCAGCAUUUCAUUGGAAGCCCACACAACUUUAGCUAUAGCAAUGAAUAGGAUUGGUGGGAAAUCAAAUACUGGGGAAGGAGGCGAAAAUGCAGAUCGUUACCUAGACCAAGAUCCUAUCAACAACAAGCGUUCUGCCAUAAAACAGGUGGCUAGUGGACGUUUUGGAGUCACAGCAUCGUACUUGGCACAUGCUGACGAACUUCAGAUCAAAAUGGCCCAAGGAGCCAAACCAGGUGAAGGUGGAGAACUACCAGGCUACAAGGUUUCUAAGGAGAUAGCAAAAACACGUCACUCUGUGCCAGGAGUUGGUCUUAUUUCACCACCACCUCAUCAUGACAUCUAUUCCAUUGAAGAUCUGGCUGAACUCAUCUAUGACCUAAAAUGUGCCAAUCCUAAAGCUAGGAUAUCAGUGAAACUUGUUUCUGAAGUAGGAGUAGGCGUAGUAGCCUCAGGUGUGGCAAAGGGGAAAGCUGAACAUAUAACUAUAUCUGGUCAUGAUGGUGGAACUGGUGCAAGCUCUUGGACUGGAAUAAAAAAUGCUGGCUUACCAUGGGAACUGGGAGUUGCAGAGACUCACCAGGUUCUGGUUCUGAACAACCUUCGCUCCAGAGUGGUGGUGCAAGCCGAUGGCCAGAUACGCACAGGUCUUGAUGUAGUUGUGGCAGCUUUACUUGGAGCAGAUGAAUUUGGCUUCAGCACUGCGCCAUUGAUCGUAAUGGGCUGCACCAUGAUGAGAAAAUGUCACCUGAACACUUGUCCUGUGGGAAUUGCCACUCAAGAUCCGGUUCUACGGAAGAAAUUUGCAGGAAAACCAGAGCAUGUCAUAAACUAUUUUUUCAUGCUGGCUGAAGAAGUUCGAAUGCAUAUGGCCAAGUUAGGCAUCACCAAGUUUCAAGAUCUGAUUGGGCGAACUGAUCUCUUGAAAGUACGGGACUCCUGCAAUUCUAAAGCAAAAUUGCUCAAUUUUAAUUUGAUUCUCAGAAAUGCUCUUCACAUGAGACCAGGGGUCAAUAUCGUUGGAGGUUCAGAGCAACAGGAUUUCCAGCUGGAAAAGAGACUUGAUACAAAGCUGCUCAAGUUGACACAGCCAUUGUUUGAUGAUGAAACAUCCAAGGUUGAUAUUUCAAUGAAAAUUGUAAAUGAAGACAGGACUUUUGGUGCCACAUUGGCAUAUCACAUUGCACUGAAGUGGGGAGACUCUGGUUUAACAGAUAACAGUAUUAAUAUUCAUCUGACUGGCUCUGCAGGCCAAAGUUUCUGUGCUUUUAUGCCAAAAGGUGUUCAUGUGACUUUGGAGGGUGAUGCUAAUGAUUAUGUUGGAAAGGGCCUGUGUGGGGGAGAAAUAAUAAUCUAUCCUCCGAAAGAUUCUUCUCCUGAAUUCAGGUCAGAACUGAAUGUGAUUGUCGGCAAUGUGUGCUUGUAUGGAGCGACGAGUGGGCAAGCCUAUUUCCGUGGCAUUGCAGCCGAGAGGUUCCUGGUUAGGAACUCUGGAGUCGUGGCGGUCGUUGAGGGCGUGGGAGAUCACGGCUGUGAAUACAUGACCGGUGGCUGUGCGGUCAUUCUGGGACUGACAGGGCGCAACUUUGCAGCGGGGAUGUCCGGAGGCAUUGCCUACGUCUUGGACGUUGAUGGCUCUUUCAGAGGGAAAUGCAACCUUGAGACUGUGGAACUGCUUCCGUUGGUAAAAAAAGAAGAUCUGGACUGUGUUGAAGAGCUGCUGAAAAAUUUUUAUGAUAAAACCAGUUCUUUGAUAGCCAAGGAUCUGCUUGAUUCUUGGCCAGAACCUUCCCAGCGGUUUAUAAAGGUUUUUCCAUAUGAGUACCAGCGAGCUUUGCAGAAACAAGUUGCAGAGAAAUCUGCUGAGAAAUCUUCAGAGAAAGUGUCUAAUGGGCAGUUGCAGAAUGAUAGUAAGGUACUGGAUAUUGAAGAUACAGUAGUUCAAGAAAGAACACACCCAGAAAAAUCUCUCGAUAAGACUCGAGGCUUUGUAAUAUACAAGAGAGAAACCAAUUUUUAUCGGCCAGCAGAAAAACGACAGAAAGAUUGGGGUGAAAUUUAUGACUUUGGUCACAUUCGGAAAAGCUUACAUGUACAAGCGGCAAGAUGUAUGGAAUGUGGUGUUCCAUUUUGUCAGAGUUCUUAUGGUUGCCCCCUUGGAAACAUCAUCCCAAGGUGGAAUGAUUUGGUAUUUAAUAAUGACUGGAAAGAAGCUCUAAAUCAACUCCAUCAGACAAAUAAUUUUCCAGAAUUUACGGGAAGAGUUUGCCCUGCACCUUGUGAAGGAGCUUGUGUGCUGGGGAUCAAUGAGCUUCCAGUUACCAUUAAGAACAUUGAAUGUGCCAUCAUAGACAAUGCAUUUGAGCAAGGCUGGGUGCACGCUAAUGUACCCAGUUUUCGCACGGGCAAGAAAGUGGCUGUUAUUGGAUCAGGUCCAUCAGGUCUUGCUGCUGCUCACCAGCUCAAUAAGGCUGGGCACUUAGUCACAGUGUUUGAGAGGAAUGAUCGUAUUGGAGGUCUUCUUCAGUACGGAAUACCAACCAUGAAACUUUCCAAGGAUGUGGUUCAGAGACGUGUAAAACUUUUGGCAGAUGAAGGGAUUACUUUCAAGACAAACAUUAAUGUUGGAAAAGAUAUUUCUGCAAAGGAAUUGUACGAAGAAUUUAAUGCUCUUGUGCUAUGCACAGGAGCAACGUGGCCUAGAGAUUUACCAAUUUCUGGUAGACAGUUGGAGGGCAUUCAUUUUGCCAUGGCGUUCUUAGAAACAUGGCAAAAGAAGCAAUUAGGAAAUGACAUAGAGUUGCUAGGUUUGACAGCAAAAGACAAAGAUGUCAUCAUCAUCGGUGGGGGUGAUACAGGUUGUGAUUGCAUUGCGACUUCUCUUCGCCAGGGUGCAAAAUCCAUUACAACAUUUGAGAUCUUACCUGAGCCCUCUGUACGCCGAAGCAAAGAUAAUCCUUGGCCCCAGUACCCAAGAGUCUUCAAGGUAGAUUAUGGACACGAAGAAGUGAAAGUCAAGUUUGGAAGAGACCCUCGUCAAUUCAGCAUCCUUAGUAAGGAGUUCCUUGAUGAUGGUAAAGGCCAUGUAUCAGGAAUUAGUACUGUGAUGGUGAACUGGUCAAAGGAUGAUCUUGGACGGUGGAAAAUGGAAGAGGUCUCUGGUUCAGAAAAGGUGUACAAAUGCGACCUGGUUCUUCUGGCUAUGGGCUUUCUUGGUCCUGAAAAGUACGUGGCAACAGAACUGAAUCUACCUUUGGAUCCACGUGGCAAUAUUGAAACCCCAAAUGGCCACUACAACACACUUCUUCCGAAAGUAUUCACUGCUGGAGAUUGUCGUCGUGGCCAGUCUCUCGUCGUCUGGGCAAUAUCAGAGGGGCGGCAGGCAGCUCGUGAAGUAGAUGCUUUUUUGACUGGCUCUUCUUUACUUCCUGGUCCUGGUGGAGUUGUAACCUCGCUGAAUAUUGCAACAGAAUGAAUUUAGAAUAAAUAUUUACAUUUUUUUCUAAUGGGCUAAGAAAUAAGCAAAUGCAGACAUACUUAAAAUCUGAGCGUAUGACCUAUUUAAUGUUCAUCUUAAAGUACUGAUAUGUGACAAUACAUAUAAACUUAGUGUUUUUUGUAUUGAAAAAUAGAUAUUUUUUUGUAAGUAUAUUUGUUAUAGUUAUUAUAACGUUACUGUUUUAUGGUAUAUCAUUUAUGAAUUUGAUUGUAAAGUUUUGAAUUCUGCAGCACAUAUGACACAUUUGAUUUUUUUUACUAUUUUUAGUUUGUUUUAUAUGUAGAUAGUAUGUAGUCGAUGUAAAUAGGAGUUUUUGUGUGGUUAUUGUUAUGUUUAUAUGUCCAUAAAUCCAUAAAUAUAUUUAUAAAUAUGUAUAUUUUAAACUAUUAAUGCCAGUGUCAAAAGUACACUUGCAACCUCCGUAAGGCUGUGGUGUGAAUAAUAAAAAUACAUCAAUGAUAUGCUGACUAAGAGAUGUUUUGGAUAAAUAAUGGAUGGGAUCCAAAAUUGGUCUUAUACUUAGUUCAUAAUCAUUUUAUAGUUGUGAUAACUUUUUACUAUCAAAUUGAAUUAAUGCUAGGAAAUAAUUACGGAUAUGAUAUACAAAAUGUUUUAUUUCUAAAAUACUAUGAUAUUAGGUAACACUAAAAACUGUUCAUCAAUAUAUCGUUCAAUAUAAACAUUAUUAUUUUUCUGUGUUAAUUAUCUUAGUAAAAAUUAUUUUUUCCUGAAAAAAAUUUGAAUUACAAUGAAGUUGGUAUGUUUUAGCUGUGGAUAGAGAUUAAAAUACAAAAAUUGAAAAAAAUAAAUAUGUUUUACUCUCAAAAGAAACUCUUUGCAUGUAUUAAUGUGUGUAAAACAUAACAUAGGUAAUACUUCUUUACUUAAAUCAAAGUAAUAGGUUCAAUAACACAGUGUUGAGGCAUGUGUUAAAUGCUUGUGUAAGCAUUUAGUCAAAUCAUUGUUACUAAAAUAUCAAAAAAUUAGUACUUAUACAUACAAAUAUGGUUAGCUUACUACUAUUCAUACAAGACUAGAGAAUUUAAUUAUUAUAAAAACUUUAAAAUUUCCAGCAUAACAUAUUUAAUAAAUUAACACAAAUAAUGGUAAAUUCCCGCUGAAGUAGAUGUAAAUUCACACUUAGUUUAGAUGUAUCUGGUGGUGAUCAGCUCGGCCAAAGUCGUGAAAACUGUGUAUCUAUCGUCUUUAGUUCUUGAAAUAUCAAACUUUGUGAAAAUGUUUGUCAGUUAUACGUAAGCUCAUUUUGACUGUUUGUCUUCGCAAGUAUUUGAUAACAUUGUCAUGUUUUUUUUUGGUCAGUUUCUUUUCUUUUUCUUCUUCUUCCUCCCCAUUUGAUAGGAAAGACAAGGCCAAGAUCUGCAAUUGCCUUUGAGAACUACGGACGUUUUCAUUUUUUUCUGUGAAACUCAUAUCUGAAACACUGUCGAUCCGAGAUUGACCAGUUUCUGUCAAGCUAUCAAUUAAAUAACGAAUUUUGACAGAAGUUAGUAUACUGCAAGGCAUUAGAUGUAUGGUCUUCACUAAAAUUUGAGAACCCUAAAAAUAUUUUUUCUUUGUAAGCAGUCCUCUACUUUCAUAUAUACAUUUUCUGAAACACAAUAUGUAUGAAAGUCAAAUCAUAUAAUUAAUUGUAAUUAGAGGAGUUCCAUUUUCAUAGAGACCGAAAAUUUUACAAAAUCCAUCACAGUCAUAGGAAUAGCUUACCAUACUCUAUUAAGAGAAAUGUAUUAACAAGUUAUGCAACAUCACAUUAGAAAUUAAAAAUAAAACUGAUCUGAAAUUUUAAUUUAUAGAUAACGAACAAUAUAACCAUAAAUGUUAUAAAACUGAUUGGUGCAAACAACAUUAUUGUUGCUGAGAACUAGAAAUUACUCCUGCAUUUACACAUAAGGGAGAACUAUUUUCACUCACUACUUUAUUAUCAGCUUUAGUGGUAAAAUUUCUUAGUGUAUGUUGAAUAUUAGGUUUUUUUCUUUUCUUUCUUUCAACUAAAGUCUGUAACAUGAUGUAUCCUUUUCAACAGCUCAACAAACUUUGAUCCAAAUGAAGAAAGAAGUUUCUUCCGAUGUUAAAAAAUUCCUGACAUAAAAUAAAUUCUUUAUUCAAUUUUUGGGUUCUUGUUUUUGUGGGAAGUUUUUGUGCUGAGGUAUUGAUUGUUUCUACACAGUCUGCCAUUUGCAUGGCUAUCAACUCUUUGUUUUCCAUGUGUUCAGUGUGGGAUGAAAUCAAUUCAUUCACAUCUUCAGUGGUGACUUACAAAUCUAGCUGGUUCAUUAUCUGAACAACCGAUUCAGUGGCAUCCUCUGGUGACUUGUGAAAACUUUUAAAGUUGGGUACCAAAUCAGGUCACAGCUUUGUUCAAAAACCAUUCAUUGUUGAUGCCUUUACUUCAGCCAAGCAUCUGCAAUAUUAUUAAAUGCAUUCCAAAUGUAGGGCCAAACUUGAAAUAAUUUGGGAAAAGGUACAUAUUUGCCAAUUGCCUUGAUUGCUUAAUUGAUUGAAAAUUUAAAACUGUAUUACAAGAGAGAGACAGUCACUGUUUGAUUCAUACGCUGAAUCAUGCUUGCUGUAUUUGGUGGCAAAAAACCACUUUGGUUUCUGGACAACACAUAUCUUGGAGUGCAGUCCAGGAGCAUUGUCUAAAAUUAGCAAUGCUUUGAAUGCUAUACUUUUAGAGGCCCAAUACUUCUUGACCGAAGGGAAAAAAUGGUAAGUAAACCAGUCCUGAUAAAGUGAUCCAGUUACCCAAGCUUUGGAAUUGGACUCCCAGAUAACUUGUAGCUUUACCUUAUCUUUAUUUUUAAAUGCUCUGAGGUUUUCUGAUUGGUAGACUUAACAUCAGUUUCGUGGUUGUGUGCACUUUAUAGUCGAGAAGUGUCCUCCUACACCAGAGGUCUCCUUGUAAAUGAAACUGUCAUGAUUUUUCUUAGCCCAAUUAUUUAACUAAUUGGUUUAUGCUCUCAUUAGCUCUGCAUCAGCAACUAGUAUUCAAUUUGACAUUUUCUUUAUGUAUUUCAUAUUAUAAUUCAUUCAAACUUCAAUAUUGUUAGCUAAGUUUGGAAUGGUAUCAGCUGCUGGGCAAGGCAAUUUUACAAACUGCCAAAGCAUUAAUGAACAAUAAUUGACUUUAUGCUGCCACAUAUUAAGAACAGAAAUAGAUAUCGCUAACUACAGCUGCAUCAUUCCGUACUUGAUAGCUUGAAUGGUAACAUAACUGACCCUAUUUAGAUGUUCUGACAUGAAAGCUAAAACUUGCCAACUCCAUGUUUCUAGUAAUUUUGUAGAUUUUUACUAACAAAUGGUAUGUUCGUAUUGUUAUGGAUAUAAGCACUUUUAAAAUGAUAAUUGGUGCAAAAGUUACCUUAGAGUUUAAAAAAAUUAAAUGAUUUCUAAUGUCAUUUCUUUUCAAUCAUAUCUUUGUUUCAUUAAUUUUGUAAACAAUGUACAGCAGAUAACUUUCGCACAAGUUUGUAGAACAUAUUUUCUUAUACAACCUUAUAUUUUAAGUUAAUUUUCCAGAAUUUAGCAUUGUUUGAUAAAUAUUAAUAAUUAAAGUUUUUUUAAUAUGACCUAAACUAUUUCAAUAACUAAAAGAAAGUUUAGAAUUUUCCAUUGAGUACAUCAUGUACAUGUUUCACAUGCUAUUUUGAAGAAAUAUUUCAUACCUACCUGAAAAAUUUUUUUAGGUGAUUUGGAAUGAAUACACUUUUAAUUUUAUUAUAUUUUAUAAUAUAAUGAAGUUGCAUGCCUCAUAUUAACUUUCUUAUUUAGUUUUGUCAUUUUAGACACUGCCACUGUCUAAAGAGGACAAAAUUGUGUUGACUUGAUUAGUGAAAUGAACCAAAAUGUUUAAAUUGGUGAGAUUUUUUUCAAAUGCCUUGUUCAUUUGUGUGUUCAAAAAUGUCUACAUUGAGAACUUGCAUACAACAAUAGCUCUGUCAAUAAGUUGACUGUACCGAAGUAUUUCUUCCCAAUCACUAACGGUUAUAAAGACAUUAUAAAAAAAAGGAAGCUAUACUGGAUUAAUAAAUAAAUGACCAAAAACUUUUUUGAUGAUAUUAAUUUUUCUGUCAACUUAAGAAUAUAUGCGCAUAUUGAAAAACUCUAUGUAGAAACGUUUUCUUUAAAAAGAGUUAUUUUAAGAGAGGUAUAUUUGUUGGAUUCCAAAUAUGUCUGAAACAUUUGCUUUGUAGUAAACAUAUUCAGUUGUUACCACUUUUCACUAUGCAUUUAUAUUAGGAAAGAAAUUAAUGUUCUUAGUUACAACAUAGAUAAAAAUAAUCAUUAAAGUGGUUUUCUUUAUACUUAUUCUACUGCAUAUUUCAUCUUUGCAAAGGUUUCUUAAUACCUUAUUAUGAGAUCAAAGAUGGAAUAGCAGUCCCUGCAUAACACUGAUGUGACUACAUUUAUGCAAUGUCGUUCUUGAAUGGAAUGGCAUUAAAUAAUAUUAGUUUUUUUUUUUAAUUACAAGACAUGUUGAUUUUGCACCCAGUUACUAAAGCGUACAAUAUGUGACACAAAACAUUCAUGUGCCCAAUAUGGUCUAAUGGUUUCAACAUCUAGGUGUCCAAUUCACUGAAUAUUAUUGUUGUUAGGUUAUGUGAACGCUUAUGUGUACUCAGUUGUCAAAAUCUGCUUCAGAAAUUUGAUGCACGAAAUCAAAAACUGUUAACGUAAGCGUUUAUGUAGUCAUUCUGUAUCUUGUAUUCUUAGACAUUGUAAACGUAAAUAUUGCAUGUUUAGUUGCUUGUGACACAUUAUACAGAAUGUUGUACGUUAAAAGCACCUCAUGUAUGAAUACUAGAAUACAAUGCAACAAAAAUGUGAACAUAAAAUCGUAUCUCAGAAAUUUGUUCGGUAUUUAAUUUUAUUCCAGAGCCAUAACUAGAUAAAAUGUCAUAGAAACAAAUUUAAUGUCCAACUGAGAUGGUGUUGUCAGUAUUUAUAUUGGUACUUGAUUUGUUUCCUGUGAAGUAGUAUGUUAGUAUGUAUAAUUUUGUUGUUGUGAUUAUUUAUUAUGGAGGGUUAAAUAUUAGGGGUAUGCAAAGACCAUUUUAUUAUUCUUUACCAAACUUAAAGAAAAUAUGAAAUUUUUAUUUGUAAUUGAAUUAAAAAUCAUUAAAAAUUCAGGUUACAGACAUUGUAAUGUGCUGUAGUUAGUUUGCUUUUGACUGCUACACUGACAACAAUUAUAUAGGUUUGAGGAAAAAUUUGAAGUUUUAAAAUAGAAUUGGGUUUGCUUAUAAAUGUGAUACAAGUAUUAGAAUUAGCCUGAAGUCAAAGUAAAAAACUUAGUUUUGAUUUUAACUUUGAUUUUCAUAGUUUUGCAUAUCCUAUUAUUAAAGUUUUUAUUUCUGUAUGUUUUCAAAAUGGACAAUAAACUAUCUUUUUCUGCAGAA